AUGGGAAAUUGCCAACAAUGCACCAAUUUUGCCUAACAAAAUCAGACAGCAGAAAUUAAAACCAAAUUAACAAAAUCCAAGCAUACACUGAAUUUUGUAAAUAAAUUUACUCCCAGAAAUGUAGAGGGAGUAAUAAAAAUUCAAGCUGUCUUCAAAGGAUACUUGACUCGAAAGUACUAUUUUCAUGAAAAACUAUUUAUUAGACAACUAUCCCUCCUAUCGACAUAACAAAAACACAGUUCACCAAUUAUAAAUAGAGACAUUUUAGGAUUUGACACUCUCAGCAAUGUCAAUGAAACUCCAAAUCAACCGCAGUCUCUCAUCAUGAAGAAAAACAUGAUUAAAGACAAACCUCAAGAGGAAAUAGAUGAGACUAAUAAAAAAUCUGGCGAAAUCAAUUAAUUAAGUUAAUCAAAAUGCAACAAAGACACUCCAGAUAAUCAAAGUCAGGUUUCAGAAUUCAGUCAUCCAUCAAGUUUAAAAAGAUAAUUCUCUUUCGACAUGACAAGUCUUUGCUUUGUCCCAAAAAGCAAAAACGAUUAAAUUUUAAUCAUAUCCCAAACAUAGAUUAAACUACCAAUUAUACAAAUGAUAAAUGGAGCCUACUAUGAGGGAUAAUGGUAGAAUGGUAAAGCACAUGGAUUUGGUAAAUACAUCAUGAUGGAUUCCUCAUCCUAUGUCGGAGAGUGGGUCAAUAAUAAAGCCUACGUGUAUUGGGACAUUUUAAUUGACAGAUGGGGAUUUUUUCAUGGGUCAUUGGAUUGA